AAUAUAAAUGUGCACAGUCGCUGCUGCGCUCCUGUUUGAGCGGGACUCGCUGAACCUCUCAGAGCCGCUGCAGCAAGUGACAGACAGACACAGCGGGACACUCAGAGGUAUGGAGUUAUACAUUUUAUCUGGUCUUUUGAGUAGCUAACUGCAUACAAUUUAAGAAGGUUAGUGGAAGAUUAAAGAGUAUUAUAGAGGCAUCCUUAAAAAGAGGCCUGCUGCACAAAGUGUUAAUGCAUGUUCUCAAAUAUAUAUAUUUUUUAAUUGCAUGUUUUUUUUUAUUUUUUGAAGGUUUUUGAAGCACAAAGUAACAAGGACUUUAUUUAGGUUAACUUUUUCAUUCUUAAAUUGGAUGUGAUUAUAACAUUUUAAAAAAUAUCUUUUUUUUUAUUUCUAUGACAGCACUUUCUGAGUUAAAUAGCACUGCAUUACCAUUUAUUUAACACAUGCAGUUUUGUAUUUUAAAAAUGUUUCUCUUGCAUUUUACAACAACAAAGAAUCCAAAAAUAUAGAUUUAACUGUGUGUAAUGUUUCUGCAUUUUGAGUACAAUUAAAUAAUUUUUCUGUUCAUGCGUGAAAUGUAUUUAAGCUUUUUGUGUGUUGGAAGUUUUGUUUUAAAAGUAGUUUAAAUGAUAAAUACAAUUUAAAGGAUGUUUGUUUCUGUUUCAGUGUACUUAAAAUAAAUUAGGGCACAAAAAAUGUUUAAGAAACAGGCAUUUAAUUUUGCUUUCUUUCUUUCUUCUUUUACAGACAACCUGAUUAUAAUUCUAACAACCACCUAAGGUAAAGUCUUUAAAUUCCUUAUGAUUUUAAAUAACAUUAAAGCUUUAAUUUAUAGUUGUUUUCUGUGUGUGUAGUGACUGCCUGUCCUGUACAGCUGACGGCGGUGUGGUUGCUACUGCAUGUAACUUGUCAAAGCUUUUAGUGUGGUGAACCUCCUUAAUUGCAACAAUACAUGUUCAAGCGGUUUGGCUUGUUUGAUCAGCAGCCCUAAAAGCUCAAAACAAGACCGCAGGGUUUGGAUAUGGGACAACAGGGGGGCCAGAGUGCAAAGUCAUCGCAGAGCCGAGUGGAUAGCAGUGGCCAGGAGAGGGGAAAAAAAACUACUGUAAAAAUGAUUUUUAUUGAUUGGUUCGUAGCAGCAGCUGUUAGGCUCCAUUAUGAGCUCAAAGCCCAGGUCAGAGCCCUGAGGCGGACAAGUGAACCAAUCAAAUGGUCAGCUACUAAACCAGCCAAUUCUGAGGGUCCAAUUGAGAGAGCAGUUGGCAACAGCCUGCCAGUCUGUGUUAGACUCACCGCAUCUUUCAUCAUCACUUUCACUCUAUGGCUUUUAUAGAUGAGGUCGUCUGCUGUCUCUCGAUAUAACCAGCCAUCCAUCACCUGUGCUUGCUUCACUGGCCUUUACCUCAAAACUUUGUCACAAGCAGACUGAGGGUAAAAUGUAGUUUGUUUUUUUUUUUCUUCCUUUUUCCAGCAAAGUCCUUGAACAUCACACACUUUUAUCUGAGAAUGACCUGAGGAAAAAGACAAAAUAAAAGCCCCCAAAGCAAAGUGUUUCAAAUUGAGGAGCGUACUUCUCCUCACAUCUUCUUUCACUGCAGGGUUCAGCCGUUGGCCUGGCUUUAAGUCGAAAAAGUUUACACUGUUUCUAUUUCUGAACAGAGGAAAAUUUUAAUAGAGGGUAUAAGAGAAUAAGGAUAAUUAAUUAAACUAAUGUCAUUUAUUGAAUUGACAGUCAAGUUAAGAAUAAUGAUGUGGAAGAGAGAUGAUUAAGAGGUUACAUGUUUAAAUCAUUGAGAGAUUAGAAGAUUACCUCAAAGCUCUGUUUGUAAAACCGUGAAUGAAAUAAAACAGAACAUUUCAAAGUGAAUGAGUUAUCUAAAGUAUCUGUGGAUAGAUUUUUCAACACUAAAAGGUUAUUAUCCUACUUAAAGCAACACAUCAAAAUAAUCUUUCACAACAUCCAGGUUUAAAAUACUGUUUCUGCACCAUGUGCCUCAUCUAAAUCUAACUUUUGGACCUCCAAUAACUGAUGUUAUUGUUCAUUACAUGGUAAAGUAUGGAGAGUUAUUAAGGAAAGACAGAGAACAGGAGAGGAGAUGAACUGUUACACCGGGUCCUGACCCAGAUCCCAGUCCUGGCACUAAUGACGCCCUUUAGGCAUGACGCCAGGCUCUCAUUAAGAACCAGGCCUCAAACCCCCAACUCCUCCAUGCAACCCUCAGCUUGGCCUUCCUUGUGCCUGCAGCCGGCCUCAGAGGGUCUUACCCCAAACUCAUACAGGCUUGUAAGUGUUGUGAAGGCGCUCUGCACAGGUGCACCGUCCCAUGUUUGCCCCCCAGCACUGGACCCCGCUAGUGCCUGGUACUGCACUGGAACUAAUGAGUAGUGGCAGGUACAGUGAGAACAGGGUAUCUCAGGCCUCCCUGCAGUUAGGUUAGUGGCGACGCUCAGCAUAGGCAGACAACAAAUACGCUCUUAUGAUACACAUAUGUGCAUAAUAAUAAAUAAAGCACUCUUCAGUGCACACCCAAGUUUAUCUCAGAUAUUCUAGCACUUAAUUUCUGUGAGUUUGUCCUUAAUAAAGAGAAACUAGAAGGUGAAGUUUAUUUUAAAAUUCUUGUUUAUAGGAUAGUCAGAUUAGUUAUUUUUAUCUGUCUCCUGAUCACAACAGAUUUUUUCUUUUGUGUUUACUGCCUUAAGAAAUUCUCUUUUUCAUCUACCUACAGAUUUAAGAAAACCCUGGAAUCCACUGAAAUGAGCCCCGCCAAAAAGAGAGAAAGAAUAUAAAAUUCUAUCUUCGUUUCCAUCACUUCAACACGUCUUCAUACACGCAGAGAACCAAUCAUGUCCAAGGACGAUGCCUGUAAAGUGACAUCUGCCAGCAAACACAAGGAGCGGAAGCCCAAGAAGCCUCACUAUAUUCCUCGGCCAUGGGGCAAACCCUACAACUACAAGUGCUUCCAGUGCCCCUUCACCUGCAUGGAGAAGUCCCACCUGUACAACCAUAUGAAGUACAGCCUGUGUAAGAACUCUCUCUCUUUGCUCAUUGAGUCAGACUGGCCUUACAAAAAAGGCAAUAUCCUGCAUCCUGAACAGCUAAGACCCUUUCAGCAAGCACACGGCGUUCACACCAACGGGAAAGAUGGGCUGGAGCAGGUAACAGGGACCGAGGAGAGGCAAAGACAGCGCAGGGUUGUGGAGGACGAGGGUGAAGACAAGGACAGCCAGGGAGCAGAGGACGAAGAGGAGGGAGGCCGAGGAGAUGGAGUAGAGUUAAGAAAGGAGAGCACAGGGGAAAACCUUAGUGAAGACACCACAGAGAGUGCUACCAAGAAAACCAGACAGCCAGAGUCAGAGUUUUUGAUGGCUGACAUGCUCUCCCUUGAGGAUCAGCUGUUACGAGCACGCUCAGUAGAGGUAGAGGCUCAGCUGAAACAGUAUAAGCUAUCCAAGACGUGUCUAACAGCUCCUGGCUUGUUGUCCGAGCAGUGGCGACUGUUGGCAUCCAGCCACACUAAAGCAAAAGCUGAGGGUGCUCAGCCCCGCGUAAGUACUUCAAUUCCCUGUUACCCUCCUCCACCAAAUCUGGUGGAUUACCAGGAUCCUACCGGACUCAACCUGUCAAUGCUUGGGGUGGGCUACCCCAUCAGCCCCAGCCUUUUUUCCUACAUGAACUCAGCUCUUCCCGCUGCAGCCACGAGUGUCACUGCUCAGACACACGCACAGCUUGCCCAGCUGCCAUUCCUGGCAUCUGCCGCUCAGCUGAUGCACCCAACCUCUGGCACCCACACAGACAGGACUCUUAUUACCCCUCGACUUUACUACCCUUUUUUGUGUGAGCACACAUUCGGGCCGGCCUCCAGUCAGAAUGAUGCCAACAAAGUUCUUAAGACGUCCACAAACAGUCUGGAAGUGAAUCCACUGUCUAGCUUCCAGCCUAAAGUGAAUCUGUGGAAAGUGCCUGCCUUACGGCCGGGGACCACCGCAGUCUCCUCGGCUGGCUGGGUUUCACCUCAAGGAGACCCCGCUGACCAAGGCUUUAGGCUGGGGGAUAAACCACAGACUACAGCUAAAGAAGGUAGAGCAAGCUGGGGUGUCAAGAGGACUGGGGCGCCACUGGGGAACAACGAGGCACCUGUGGAAAAGAAGCCGGCCGUGGGUUUUCCUUUGGACCUCCUGAAGAAUAUUCAAACUGCAUCAACUCUCAAUAUGGCAGCAGACAAACUUCUCUUCCCUGGAAGGUAAGGAUUUCCACUAAAAGUCCUGAUUUAAUUAUAAGUAUUGUGAAACCAGAGGUAGUUGGAUUAAAUUACUCAAUGUUACCAUGUCUCAGCUCUGACAGGGAAUUAGCAACUGUAUGGAUGUUCAAAUUUGGUGCACCAAAGUCUUUCUGAACCGCACUUUUUGGAUGGUCACACAGCUGUACAACUUCAAGUUUCUAAUACAGUUUUAUCACGCCCCUGUUUGCCAAGUACUUUAGAUGAAUCACUGUAAAUAACAACAAAGAGUCCAGACUAGACCUGCGUCAAAAAAACGUCAAAAGGCUUUUUACUUUUGGUGCAUCAUGAAGAUUUUAUUGUCUGUAACUUGAUAUAUUUACAUAAGGUCUUUAACAUCUCCUGUUCUUAGUUUGCAGGAUGCUCAGCUUCAGAGGCGGACCAGUGACCUGUGGUACAAUGAUGCCCUCACCAGUCCCAAUAGCGAAACCUCCUCUCUUUCUACCAACGGGGGACCAAACAGCCACGACUCAACUGCCACUCAGAAUAUGGCAGAAGGGGCUUCACAGUCAGUAGUGACCCUCCUUGGUGACCUCUCCAAGGCACUGCAGGAGUAUCAGGAGGCUGAACGCAAAAUCUCUCACCUAGAGAAGGAGGAUCUUCCUGCCCAGCGACAUCUCUGGGAACAUCUAAGCAAAAUCCGUAGCGAGCUCUCUCAUAUUCACCAAGCACUGGAGCGGACCGCUCGCCAGAGUGAUGGGCCUCUGGAUCUGUCAGUCAAGAAGGGCUCAACAGAUUCUGUUGCUGAUCACAGUUUGAGAGAGGAAGUCAGCCUUAAAGACAAUACGACUGAGACGGAAGAUGAGGAUGAGGAGAUGGAGGAAAAAAAGGAGGAUGAAGAGAAUGAGAGUGAGAGGAAGGCCAUGAAGGCGUCGUUGGAGAGUCGUAAGCAAUCAUUAGACCUGCUGAUCAAAAUGAGUCAGGCAUCGCUGGUGAACACAGACGUUCUCUCUUCAGGUGGUCUUGGCAUGAGGCCUUCUUCUGCUGAGGCAUUGUGGCCAAGCAGAACCACAAAGUGUGAGGCGGAUUCAAGUGUCCUGCUCUGCCCUGACGGUCGCUCAGUAGUGUUUACUGACAUCCCCUCCUCUGCUAAGACCCCAAAGAGACCCUCGUCUAUACAGCGACUAGAAGCCCAGUGUCCUCCAAGUCCACUGACGGCAACUGACAAUUAAACACAUCUUCUGUAAUGUGAAAUAACUUGUUACAAUGCAGUUGUUUUCAAUUUUUACUGGCAUGCCUUUGAUUUUCAUUGGCUUGAGGAAACCGUCACUUCUGUUUACAAAGUAAGUGACAAACCUCAAACGUUUUGCACCUUAGAGGAGAAACAGAAGAUGAAAGACAUCUGAAAAAAGUCUUUCAAAUGCACUAUGGACAUUGAUUGUCAUGGUAAGAUUCUCCUGAUAUAGUUAAAAAUAUAACCUCAGCACUUAUCAGAAUUACCAACAGCGUCACUGGAACAAUCAAUAAAAAUGAUGUCGACAGACAACACUUUGAAUGGAUUUGUUAAUAUUGUAUUUAAAAACAUGUACAGAAAAUGACUUAAAGGGUAAAGGGUUUUAUAUGGAUGAUGUCAUGUCAGAUUGCAUUAUUUCACUUGAUAAUAACAAAUUGUAUAUACACACUGUAUUUAUUUGAAUAAAGAUUAAAAAACACA